AACAGGCAAUGCUGUCUUCUAGUUCUGACUUUAACCUUAACCGAAGAAAAACAUGGCUUCAAGAUCUUUCUCAGAGGAGGAUUUCUCCUGCGCGGUGUGCCGUGACAUCUACAAGGAUCCUGUUAUUCUGACAUGUAGCCACAGUGUGUGUAAAGUCUGUUUGCAGCGGUUCUGGGAGACAAAACUAUCGAGAGAAUGCCCAGUUUGUAGAAGUGUCACCUCAACGGAACAUGUCUGCCCCCCCAAUCUGGCUUUAAGAAACCUGUGUGAGAUCUUCUUACAGAGAAGUCAGACAGCUGCAGCAGAUUCUGACGUGCUUUGCCAUCGGCACAAUGAGAAACGCAAACUCUUCUGUCUGGAGGAUAAACAGCCUGUGUGUUUGGUGUGUCGAGAUUCAAAGAAACAUAGAGGUCAUACCUUCAGUCCCAUAGACGAAGCAGCACAGGAACGUAAGGAGGAACUCGGGAUCAAACUGCAGCUCUUACAGAAGAAACUUGAAGACUUCAACCUCGCAACACUCACCUGUGAUAAAACUCUAGAGUACAUAAAGGUUCAAACCCAACACACAGAGAUGCAGAUCAAGGAGGAGUUUGAGAAACUUCACCAGUUUCUACGAGAUGAAGAGGCAGCCAGGAUAGCUGCACUGAGGGAGGAAGAGGAGCAGAAGAGUCAAAUGGUAAAGGAGAAGAUGGAGAAGAUCAGCAGAGAGAUCUCAUUUCUCUCCGACACCAUCACAACCAUAGAGGAGGAGAUGGGAGCUGAUGACAUCACUUUGCUGCAGAGCUACAACAGAACUGUGGCUAGAACCCAGAGCACACUGCAGUAUCCAGAGGGGGUUUCAGGAGCUCUGAUCAAUGUGGCAAAGCACCUGGGCAACCUGAAGUUCAGAGUCUGGGAGAAGAUGCAGGAGAUUGUUCAGCUCAUCCCUGUAACUUUGGAUCCCAACACUGCACACCCACAACUCAUUCUGUCUGAGGAUCUGACCCGUAUGAACUUUAGUUAUAGCAAACAGCAACUCCCUGAUAACCCAGAGAGAUUUGAUUACUGGGUAAAUGUAUUGGGCUCUGAGGGCUUUAACUCAGGAACUCACUGCUGGGAUGUGGAGGUUGGGGACAUACAUCUUUGGGCUGUGGGUGUUAUGUCAGAGUCGGCCAAGAGGAAGGGACCUGUUUGCGAAUGGAGUGGGCUUUGGUUUUUGCUCCAUGAACGUGGUGAAUAUGAUGCAUUUUCUUCCCCGCUGCCAGAGUCUUGGUUUGAAGAAUUCCUGGCAACCAGGCCAUCCAGGCCCUCUCCUAUCACAGUGAGUCGGAAACCCCAGAGGAUCAGAGUGCAGCUGGACUGGGACAAAGGAGAGAUGUCUUUUUAUGACUCUGAUGACAACACACAUCUCCACACUAUUACACACACUUUCACAGAGAGAGUGUUUCCAUUUUUUUGGUGCUCAGAGUCAACAUAUCCCAUUGAAGAUCUUGCCACUGAAGCUGGAAUCAAUCAGUGAUAGAGUGAGUGGUCUUCAGUGAUAGGAUAAAAGGUUGUUGUUGUUAUGAAAGCAUGGAUUUGUUUUUCUGGAUCUUGAAGGAAGAGGAUUUUCCAGAUUUUGGCCAUAUUUUUAGAUGAAAAAUCUGUCUUUGACAACUCCAUUACAGGAAGAUGGCUUGAUCAGUAACCACACACAGAUCUUUGAGGCUUGUGUAGAUGUUAGAGAGAUGCCGUCAAGUACUGUAUGUGUAAAUGGCUGAAUAUGUCAAUCUCACAUAAAGGUUACAAUCAUAACUCCAGUUUUAUCUACUAAUGCUGUGUGGGGUUUUUUGCUGUUUCUAUAAUUGUAAUUUCAUUUAAUUGUAAUUUUACAUUUUUUUUGCAACUUUCAAAUGACAUUUUAUUUAAAUAAUAUAUGUCAUAAUAAUAAAUAUCUCAAAUCAAACUGAAGUGAAGAGAGACAACCCAUAGAGACUUUUAAAAUGGUUCAGUGUCCUGGGCUCUGAGGACAUUAACUCAGAAACACACCACUGGGAUGUGGAGGUUGUGGAAAAGGAGUUACUUUGAACUGGGUGUGAUGAGAGAAAAUGACCUCAGCAGUGGACUUUGGCGUGUGAGUGUUUAUUCUGUUGAAGGUACAGGUUCCUUUUUAAUUGCACUGCACUGAGUUGUUUGUUUCCAGCACUUGCCUUCCAUGCUGAAUUUAUGUUGUACUUCAUCUUCCAGCCGUAAUAAAAGCCCUAAUUUUGUA